AUGGCCGACACUCCAGAAGAGAACCCCUAUGCGGGACUUCAGUCUUCCUCAGAGGAUGAGGAGGGCCAGGAGACAGAGGCACCCGUGGAGUCCUUGAUAUCCGGCCGUGCGAAGCGAAGCACCGCUGGUUUACACAUGUCCGCUCUCCUCGAAGCCGCUGCAGACGAUGACCUUACACUACUAUUCGAGGAGGUGGAGGAUGACAAUGAAUUUGCGGAGGAUGAGGCAGGAGACGAAGACGAUAUGGCACUUGACUCGUCCUCGGAUGAUGAUGAUGACCAGGGUCCGAACGCGGACAACGACUUUGAAGGCGAGAAACAGCUGCAGAAAGAAGAGCGCAAGAAACGCCGAGCACAGAACGAUCUUCGAUUCCAAACCCUGCGCAAGCGCGUCAAAAUUGACCCGACCGCAGUCUCUGCCGUACCUCCUCCCCGUCCGAAGAAAAAGUCAGAGCGCAUCUCUUGGCUCCCUACACCAGAAGAUGGCCCUACGCGAACAUCCUCACGCAGGCAAACUAUGGCCAACAAGGAAGUCACGCAUGCGCGUCUCAAGGACAGCCAGGAGAAGCGUAUUCGCAUUAUUGCUACAAUGAAGGAGGCUGAGAAGCGCAAGGCCCAUCUGAAACCCAAGAAAAUGACCCAAGAGGAUCAUCUUGCGGAGGCAGCGAGGAUCGAGCGACUCAACAGCAAGAGUGUGAAUCGGUGGGAAGCCGCAGAGAAAAGGAGAGCAGAGGAGCGAAAGGCCAAGAUUGAGGCGCUGCAGAACCGCCGCCUUGAUGGUCCUGUCAUUUCCUACUGGAGCGGAGUGGCUACGUGGACCAACGGCCGUCUCACGCGAGUGGGCAAGGUUGAUAUUAAAGUGAAGCCGGAUAAGCCCAAGUCAGAGAAGGACGAUCCUAAGAAGAAGAAGAAGGAGGAGGAGAAGACCGUGGAUUCACAGGAGGCUACUCUAGCUACUCCUGCUCCUGGACUGUCGCAACAGUUGCAACAGUUGCCUGUGAGCACGCCAGCUCAAUCUGAAGGCCCUCUGGCUCCAACAUCAAUUGUCCAGCCCACCACUAUUCCGCCAUCUGAUCAGAAUAAUUCUCAAAAUGUCCCGGUCCCGGAGACCGUCGCGACUCCGCUUGCACCUGCACCUCCAGCACCUACCAUCAUUGAAUCCGUCAAGCCAGAUGAUCAAGCUAUUGAAAAUGAAGUGGCCGAGCCCACCGAGAAAGCCGGGAGCGAAGGUACCAACAACACCCACGAUACGCCGGCAAAGACCCCGACUUCCGCAGCAAAUACCUUAGAUAAGUAUCCAAAACCCGCUGUGGAGAUUCCGGCGCCUCCUGUACCGGAUGCACCGGUGCCCAAUGAAGCUCAAAUUCCAAAGUCGACAAAGGACCCUCAGGACGAUGUGAUGGAGGUUGACCCAAAGCCACCGCAUGCCAAUGCCGAGAUUGAUGCCUCGCAGUCAGCACCUGAUCAAACAAAUCCACCGACCGCCACAAGCGCCGGCACACAAAACGUUUCAGGGGACCCUCAACCUGAGCCCAGUACAACGGAGGAGAGGCAGCAGGUUACACUCCACCCAGCACCUGCACCUGCAACCACCCCAUUGGGCCCUCAAGCCCCUCCCGCAAUCUCGGCCGAUGCAGCUCCGCUGCACACCACGCCACCCGUGAUUGAUGCAAUCCAGGGCCACCAACCCGGAUCAGCCCUGCCGACAUCUCUCCCAUCACAUGAACUGAGUGGCUUGCCAGCACAGUCCGAGGCGCCAGAUGUGACAGAGGUGGCAGAGGUGCCGCAGCUCCCGCCGGUAAUCGAGAAGACGGGCCGCAAUCUGACUAUCCUCGAGAAUUUUGACGACAAGACGGCACAUAGCAAAAAGUACAGCAUGUACUUCAACGCGAGGAAGCCGCCUCGCCUGACUAAAAUCUCGUCAUCACUGUGUGUCAUCACCUCAUUACCAUCGCGUUAUCGUGAUCCAGAGACCGCCCUUCCUUACGCCAACUCCUACGCGUAUGGACAAAUCCGCAAGAUGCUGUCCCAGGGAUACAUCUGGAGCUCGAUGCUGGGCUGCUUCGUUGGCGCCGCAGAUACCGCAGCGCGCGGCGUACCCGAUCGAUUCUUGGGUAAGACAACGGUCGAAGAGACCGCGACUAAGCCCACAGUGAAGGAUUCGGUGGUCUCGAAGGUCUCGGCAAAGCCAGCUACUAAUGAAACAGCGACGGCCGAGUCAAUGGAGAUGGACCAGACCAGUUAA